AUGGAGGAGUUUGACCGCGAGAUGAGGAGACGGAUGUGGACGAUCCUGUAUCUGUGGGAUUUCUCACUGAGCGCUAUGUUGUCCCGGUCAUUCCAUAUCAACCACACCGAGUGCAAAGCCGUGAUGCCCACUUUGGCCCUGGAAAUCAGCCCGGAUCGCCCAGGUCAGCCGUCGCCGUUCCGGCAUAUGAAUCUCCACUGCCAGCUUUGCAUCGACAUGGGAGCGCAACUUCGUGCGCCUUCGGAUUCGGACGUGGAAAAGGCGAAAAAAGCCGGGCGGGUAAAAGACGUGGUUGAUGAAUGGUUCGCGAAGAUCCCAGCCGAAUACGCAUUGGAGAACCCGGACAUGAAAUGGGAUGAAGACUUCGGAUGGGUCGUCACGGCCAAGCACAGGUCGGACCUCGAACUCGACCUCCUAGCGGCGGGCGUCGAGUCGGCACUCGGUCUGAUGCACCGGGCUUGGAUCUUUUUCGAAAACCUGAAAACAAUGGGGGCCAAGUUCCAUUAUGCUAUUUUUUGCAUCUUCGACACGGCAACCGCUCUGUACUGUGCCCUUCACAAGGAUGAGGCUCGCAACCUUCCGCAGCGCGACGCCGCCGUCGACGCUGUCUUCAAAGGAUUGAGCCUGCUCCAAGAGGCGGGCAAGGAGUCCAAGAACACGCAGAAACUGUACCGCAUUCUCGAAGGACUCCUUAUGAAACUCCCAUUGAGCGCCGUUGAACAACGAGCGAUCGGAGCAGCGAAACGGAGCUGGACGCCAGAAAUGACCGCCAUGCCGCCCAUGCCCUCCACAAUUGCCGUUCAGCCGAACCCUGUUUCCCUCAGUGAGGCGCCUUGGCAACAGCCAUCAUAUGGGCUGUUUCCUGCAAUCAACGGCCUGGACUACGGCCUCGACAGCGGCCUGGAUAACGGCCUGGAUAACGGCCUGGACCACGGUACCCUACCAGGGUUCACGGUGCCGUCGGUUCUCCAGACGUGGGACUGGCAGUGCCUCAACCUCGGACACCCCAUGGAGUGGAUUCGAAACACCUAUACGCCCCGUGUCGGCGAUCAGAACGGGAGCCCCACUACCCAGGCUGGCGUCUCGGGAGGAUUCCGUGGCCCAAGUUUGGCGAACGGUGGCGUUGUGAGUCCGGAUAACGAAGAUCUGAGCCAGUGA